AUGUCAAUGACGUUUUGCAAUGCGAAAAUAUUUAUGGCCAACACAAGUGGGCAUUAAACCAGCACUACCAUUAUUACAACAACAACAACAACAGCAGCAGCAGCAGCAGCAGCAACAACAACAACAACAAGAAAAUUGCUCUCAAAAACAACAACCGCAUCGAAUAACAACAAAUGAUAACGAUAAUGAUGAUCAUGGUGAUGAUGAUGAUGAUGUUGCGGAUAAUAGCGAAAAUAGAAAUAAAAAGUUGGUGCUACUUCAAAACCAAAAUACAGUGCAAGUUUUCAAAGAUUUAAAUAAUGCAACAAUAACUAUCGAUACCAUGGCUAUAACAAAUACCACAACCACUACUUUAGUGCAUAGCGGCUGUGGGAGCAUCGGUGCUAAUUGCACAAAUUGUCGAAAUACUAAAAUUCUUUUAAGGCUAAGUUUAAGAUAUUUUUACGACAUAAAUUAUGAAUUUAUAAAAAAUAUUAUCUAGAAAAAGCAAAAAGGAAAACUUUUAACAACAAAUUUUUACUCAAACACAUAAAUGUUUGUUAAAUUAAAUAUGCAGAUGUGUAUCCUUUUGCAAGUUAAGUGGCUUAAGUUCAACAAAGAAUUGAUUUUUUUGUGCGAGAAAAUGAUGAGAACAAAAAUAAAAAUAGGAAGAAAAGAAACUAACAAAAAAA